AUGGGGGUACUAUUGCUACCCACAAAAGGGAGACGCCUCUACAGCAUAAAAAUUAUUGACAAAGUGACAAAAAAAAGUGUAAAAAUAUAUGAGCAUUCGUUGUUUGGGCGGAAUGGGAAAGGAAAGAAAUCCAACGAGGGGUAUCCACAUUACGAUGGUGAGAGUACGUUCCCCACUGAUGAAGGACAUCCGUGGGGGCAGAAGCAGAGGGGGACACCCAUAGUGGGUGUCAAAACUGAUGUGUGUAAAGUGACCUCAAGGAAGGAAUCCAUUUUUUAUGAAAGCGAAAGAAUUAUUAAGUGUGAAAGUGGAGCAGGUGGCGAUGGAGCUAUCAGCUUCAAGAGGUAUAAACGGAAGGUGUUGGGACCGUUGGGCAUACCAAAUGGGGGAAAAGGAGGAAACGGUGGUGAUGUGUACUUACGUUAUUGGGACCCUAAAGGGGGGGGUCCUCUCACCACGAGGAGGAAGCGGAGAGAUGGAGACAAACAUGUGUAUGUUAACAACAUGGCAGAGUUACCCUGCGUUAUUUCGGCCACGAGGGGAGAGAAAGGAAAGGCUAAUCAGCUGAGAGGGAAAAAUGGAAUGAGCGUUUUUUUACAUUUUAACAAAAUGUGUCAUGUGUAUCGGCUGUUUCCGCGUGAGGGGGAAGAGGCUUCUUGUGGAGGGGUGGAAGAAGCCACAUGUGCAGAGGUAGCAGAAGCUACUUGUACAGAUGAACCUUUGCACAGCUUAAGAAGACACACAUGCGACGCACAGGGGACCCCCUUGGGUGAUGGACAAAGGGACGUGCUAAUGGUGGGGAGGAACAACCAAUGGGUUACCCCCCACGUGAAGGGAGAUCACCACAAUAUACUACCCUACAAGGAGGAACUGCGCCGCAAGGACGAGCGCCUAUUCCGCAAGCCAUACAUCGUUGUCAUAAACAAGUGCGACGUCCAUUUCACGGAGAAGAUCAAGCGGGCGGAGGAAGCCUACCGGGACAUAAAGGCCCAUGGCGGGGACGACGUCCCCGUUUUCUUCAUCAGUGCCAAGUACGCAAUGGGGAUUGACAAAUUCGUUACACACCUGCGGACGUGUGUGCAAAGGUUGAAGCACGCCAAAUGUUGA